CACGCAGAGCUCAUCAGCACAGGUAACCGUGAUGGAGUCCCAGGAUUGCAAAAGAGCUCCAGCAUGGACCGAACGGGAGGUACGGGAUCUGCUCACCAUAUGGGGAGAUGAAUCAGUGCUAGCUGAACUCCGUAGAAGUAAACGAAAUGGCGAAAUAUUAGAAAAGGUCUCCAAGGCCAUGAAGGACAGAGGCCAUAACAGGGACGCACAGCAGUGCCGCGUGAAAAUUAAGGAGCUAAGGCAAGCCUACCACAAAGCCAGAGAGGCAAACGGAAGGUCUGGGGCAGAGCCGCAAACAUGCCGCUUCUACGCGGAGCUGCAUGCCAUGCUAGGGGGUGCAGCCACCACUACCCCAACCGUGUGCUUUGACUCCUUCAAUGGAGAAACACACAGGGAAGUGGGUUCGGGCUACGAGGAAGAUGAGGAUGAAGAUAAUGUAGAUAGCUUACAGCAGCAAGGAAGCGGAGAAACCGGUUUCCCCAACAACCAGGAUAUGUUUAUCACCCUGGACCUGGAGCCAGUAACCCCUGAACUCACCCAAGGCGUGCUCCCAGACCCUGAGGGCACACAGGGGACCUCUGCUGCAAAUGUUUCUCCUUCACAGAGGCUAGUGAAGAUUAGGAGAAAACGGCAGACUCGGGAUGAUAUGUUCUCGGAGCUCCAGAUGUCCUCCCACGCUGACAGAGCACAGCAGAAUGUGUGGAGGCAGUCAAUGUCAGACUACAGAAAAGCACAAUAUGAAUGAGAGGAGAGGUGGCGGGCUGAAGAGGAUAGGUGGCGUCAGCUUGCAGACAGAAGGCAAGAGUCAAUGCUCCGUCAGCUGGAGCAUCACUCCACCCCAGAUGAUUGCCCGAGCAUCAGAAGGCUGGCCUUCAAUAAGAGUUAAAGUUUUAAACUGCAGUGUGUCCUUUUC